CUCCCGAGCGCGGUGCACCCAGCGGGCCGCGGAGCAGCCAUGGCGGAGGGCGCGCCGCAGCACCUGUCGCUGCCCUCUGGGUUGCUGGAGCUGUGCGCGCUGCUGGGCGCCUCCCGGGACAGCCUCCGCGACCUCGAGCAGGUUGCCCAGAAAAAAGGAGUCAAAAAUCCUUCUUCUCUUGAUCCAGAGGUUUUGUCCGUUUUCGUACCUCCUUUUAUCAGUAAAGAGGACAGUCAGGUGGCCAGUGCGAACUGUGCUACCCUAGGUAAAACCAGAAGACGCUCCUUCAGAAAGAAGAGAGAGAAACCCAAAACCGAGCCAUGGAAGGGCCUCGUGGGGGACCCCCGAGCGCCAGAGCCUGAAGACGUGAGCAUCCCAGGCGGCGUGGACCUCCUCGCGCUGCCACAGCUGUGCUUCCCGGGGGGCGUGUGCGUGGCCUCUGAACCAAGGGAGGACUAUGUCCAUUUCCUGGUGCUGACCGACGUCUGCGGGAACAGAACCUAUGGCGUGGUGGCCCAGUACUAUCGACCCCUGCACGAUGAGUACUGUUUCUACAAUGGCAAAGCACACUGGGAGUCGUCCUGGCCAACUGUGAGCACUGCUGGCGUCUUCGUGCCCUUUGCAGUGUGCGUGGUCUCCAGGUUCCCCUAUUACAACUCCCUCAAGGACUGCCUCUCCUGUUUAUUGACUCAUCUGAAGUUCUGUAAAGAUUUUGAAGUUGACAAUCAUAUAAAAGAUUUUGCCGCAAAACUAUCCUUGAUACCUAGUCCACCGCCUGGACCGCUGCAUUUGGUGUUCAACAUGAAACCGCUACAGGUCGUGUUUCCCUCACGAGUGGACCCCGAAAGCCCCGUGGUCGACUUGGACCUCCACCUGCCCCUGCUGUGCUUCAGGCCUGAGAAGGUGCUGCAGGUCCUGACGUGCAUUCUGACGGAACAGCGGAUCGUGUUCUUCUCCUCGGACUGGGCUCUGCUGACGCUCGUGGCCGAGUGCUUCAUGGUCUACCUCCACCCCCUGCCGUGGCAGCACACCUUCGUGCCCAUCCUGUCCGACCAGAUGCUGGAUUUUGUCAUGGCCCCAACGUCUUUUCUCAUGGGCUGCCAUCUCGAUCACUUUGACGAAGUCAGCAAGGAAGCUGAUGGUUUAAUUCUAAUAAAUAUUGAUCAGGGGAGCAUCACCUGCUCUAAGUCCUUGGACAAUGACGUGGACAUUCCUGACAUCCCUCUCCUGGCGGCACAGACGUUUAUUCAGAGGGUCCAGAGCCUCCGGCUGCACCGGGAGCUGCACCUCGCUCACCUGAGCUCCAGCACAGACCUGAACGAGGGUCGAGCCCACCGGCGAGCCUGGCAGCAGGCACUCAACAGCCAGAUCCAGCAGAUCGCCCUGCAGCUGCUCGUCAGUGUCUUCAGGGAGGUGAAGAAUCAUUUAAAUUAUGAACAUAGAGUAUUUAAUAGUGAAGAAUUUCUCAAAACAAGAGCUCCAGGGGAUCAACUGUUUUAUAAACAGGUCCUGGACACCUACAUGUUCCAUUCUUUCCUUAAAGCCCGGCUCAGUAGAAGGAUGGACGCCUUUGCCCAGAUGGACCUCAGCACCCAGUCUGAAGAGGACAGACUAAAUGGGACGCUUAUAAGCCCAAGAAGACUGACAGUUGAGAAAAUGGCCACGCAAAAGUCUUCGCCGCGGCACGGCACUCCCAGGCGCAUGGUGGUCAGCAUGCCCGACCUGCAGGACAUAGCCGUACCUGAGCUGCCGCCCCGGAACUUGUCGCUUCGGGUGAUGGACACCACGGGCUGUAACAGCAAUGGCACAGUUCUGAAUGUGGCCCCUAAAUCCACAUAUACGUUCAAGAUUCCAGAAAUCCACUUUCCCCUGGUGAGCCAGUGUGUCCAGGCAUACUACACUGACUUCGUCACCCUGCUGAGCAAGGCCAUGCGCUUUCUGGCCCCCGACAACUCCCUGCUCCUGGCUAGAUAUUUCUACCUCCGUGGCCUCGUCAAUCUGAUGCAAGGACAGCUGCUGAGUGCUCUCCUGGACUUCCAGAAUCUGUACAAAACAGACGUCGGGAUUUUUCCCGCUGACCUUGUCAAGGGCACGGUGGAGUCGAUGUCGGCCCCCGAGCGUGCGCAGGCCGAGCGGACGCCCGAGCUCAGGCGGCUCAUCAGCGAGGUCCUGGACAAGGCUGGCGAGGCCCCGAAGGCAGACGACCGCGUGAAGAACUUCGAGCUGCCGCGCCAGCACAUGCAGCUGGACGACUUCGUGAAGCGGGUGCAGGAGUCGGGCAUUGUGAAGGAUGCCAGCAUCAUCCACCGAUUGUUCGAGGCGCUGACUGUAGGACAGCAGAAACAAAUUGACCCAGAAACGUUCAAAGACUUCUACAAUUGCUGGAAGGAGACGGAAGCAGAGGCCCAGGAGGUCAGCCUGCCUUCGCUGGUGAUGGAACAUCUGGAUAAAAACGAGUGCGUGUACAAGCUGUCGAGCUCCGUCAAGACUAAUCGCGGUGUGGGCAAGAUCGCCAUGACCCAGAAGCGCCUGUUCCUCCUAACCGAGGGAAGAGCGGGUUACGUGGAGAUUUCCACCUUCCGAAAUAUAGAGGAAGUCAGAAGCACUACGGUUGCUUUUCUGCUUCGGAGAAUACCCACUUUAAAAAUUAAAAUGGUGUCCAAGAAAGAAGUCUUCGAAGCCAACCUUAAAACGGAGUGUGACCUUUGGCACCUGAUGGUGAAGGAGAUGUGGGCUGGGAAGAAGCUGGCCGAUGAGCACAAGGAUCCCCAGUACAUCCAGCAAGCGCUGACCAACGUCUUGUUGAUGGACGCUGUCGUGGGCACACUGCAGUCACCGGCUGCCAUUUAUGCUGCCUCCAAAUUAUCUUACUUUGAUAAGAUGAAGAAUGAAAUGCCCAUGGCGGUCCCGAAGACGACAUCGGAGACGCUGAAACACAAGAUAAAUCCUUCGGCCGGGGAGACGCUCCCACAAGCCAUCGAUGUCUUGCUAUACACGCCAGGGCAUCUUGACCCCGCAGAAAAAAUUGAAGAUGCUCACCCAAAAUUAUGGUGCGGCCUGAACGAAGGCAAAGUGAUCGUGUUCGACGCGUCCUCUUGGACGAUCCACCAGCACUGCUUCAGAGUGGGCACCUCCAAACUGAACUGCAUGGUGAUGGCGGAGCAGAACCAGGUGUGGAUCGGCUCGGAAGACUCAAUCAUCUACAUCAUCAAUAUCCACAGCAUGUCCUGCAACAAGCAGCUCACGGAUCACCGCGCCAGUGUCACCGAUUUGAUUGUGCAGAGCGGCAAGAAGGUGCCCAGCGAGGUGUACUCGUGCAGCGUGGACGGGACGGUCCUGGCGUGGAACGUGAGCACGUUGCGGGUGACCAGCCGCUUCCAGCUGCCGUGCGGUGGCCUCACCUCCAUCAGGCUGCACAGCGGUCGCCUGUGGUGCUGUACAGGUGACAGUAUCAUGAUUGUGACAACGAACGGCUUUCCUCGUCAAGAACUGAAGAUCGACGAGAACUUGAAAGAGACGAGCACCUCCUUCCUCUGUUUCCAGAUCCUUCCCGAGCAGGAGCAGCUCUGGGCAGCUUGUGCAGGAUACAGCGAGGUUUACAUCUGGAGCCUGAAGGACCUGUCCCAGCGCCCCGAGAGGAUCCCCCUGCAGGGCUGCUCCGAGGUCAGCUGCAUGAUCAGGGUGAAGCAGCAGAUCUGGGUGGGCGGCAGAGGGCUAUCGCAGGGAAAACCCAAAGGCAAGAUCUACGUGAUUGAUGCUGAGCGGAAGACAGUGGAAAAGGAACUGGUGGCGCACGCCGACACUGUGAGGGCUCUGUGCUCAGCCGAAGACAGAUAUGUGCUGAGCGGGUCGGGCAGGGAGGAGGGAAAGAUCGCCAUCUGGAAAGUGGAGUAAAUGUGGGUAAACAUGCCCAGCAGAGAUGCGCUCUGCAGGCGAGGACCGUGUGCCUCUUGCCUGCUUUCUGGAGCUUUCCCAGGAGCAGAAGCUCUGAGAAGGGGUAGGGGAGCCAUGCUGGGUGGGGCCAGGAGCCAGUCUGGGCCCCACUGGAGUGUGUCCACUGCGCAGCCAGUGACUGGACCAACGACUGUGCCCUUUGUCUCCUGGACUUUCCUGCUCCCUGAUUAGCUGCACUGAGAACGUUUCAUGCCGGGUGCAUCUCAUUUGGGAUAACCUGUGCUGAGAGGUUACCUUGGGUAUUGUUUAGAAAGGUCCAGAAUCCACAACCAAGGGCCAGCAUUAGGGCCAGCAGUUUAGCCAAAUCACACGUGAUCUGUGUCCCUGUGUCUCUGAUUUUGCCUUUCCUUUAUGUCAUUCAUUCAUUCAACAAACACUUAUGAAUCUCCUGUGGGCAGGGCACAUGAGGAGGCGCUGAGGAGCCCACAGCCUCCCACUGGCUUCUCGUUUCCAGUGAGACAAGGAGGAUGGGUGUUUUAAAAUAACCACUUCAUGGUCAAAAAUGUCUGCACCUGCCCAGGCUGUUCCCCAUCAGAGCAGGUGACCAAGUCCUACCUGGGGGAGGGGACAACACUGUAUCAGGUUUGUCUGGUCAGAGUUUGGGACAGCUGAGGCAAGCUCCGUCUUUUUUCUCUUUCUUUUCAAUGAAUGCAAAAUUGUUAUAAUGAAGAAACCUAGAGAGACUUUUUUUUUUAAACCAAAGAUCACAGACAAAAAGUUCCAUCUAAAAGAGCGUGUGUGGGGCUGCCGAUUAGCUCAGUUAGAGCACGGCCUUACAACCCCAGGGUGAAAGGUCAGGCUCCCUGUACUGGCCAGCUGCAAAAGAAAAAAAAAGUCUGCAUAAUCUGGCCUUCCAGUCGAGUUGCCUUACCAGAUAUUGGCAUAUAUUUCAGUGCCAUUGCAUCUUGUGUGCACACUGUAUACAUAGAUGUAGAUGAUGUUUUACUAUUUAACUGAAAAAGAUCUUAGCUGUAAAUAACUAAAUAUUUGAAAAAAAAGAACCUUUGCACAUUUUUAUUAUGAUAUUGAGAUGUCAUUCCUUAAAUGUUCUGCAGGGAAGGUUCUGGGUGGGUGUUGGACAUGGUGAGAGCAUUAGCUGUCAGCACAUGAGGAGGGCCUGUGGCCUGUCCCCGGUGGACCUACCCGUGAGCUUGGCUGUGGAGCCACACCGGCCUGUCUGUCCUGGGUUCUCAGGACUCAUCUGGACACCGUGCAGAGCUCGCUCAGGCUGAGGGGUCUCGGAGGGUGUCUGUCAGGCUCCUGGAACAGGGCCAAGCCUUGGAAGUGCUUGCAGUGCCUUUAGAUGAGAACUUGGGCCCAGGUCUCUGGCUGGGUCUACGUUUUGGAAGAUCCACAUGGCUGACCACCAUUUUCCCCCAAGGUUUGACUUUUUAUAGCCACCAGCUUCUUGCGGCACUCUAGGAACGUGGUGCAGAGAACAAGGUGGCCUCACCCCCCGCAGUCAGUGCUGGCAGAGAGGGUGUGUCUCCCUGACUUCCAGAAGGAAGCCUGGUCUGGCAGCAAAGGGUUGAAGGUUGAAUUUUGCUUUUGUAAACACAUGAAAACUUAUAAUAAAACUCUAUCAGAAAAUACUUUUACAAAUUAUUUAUCACCAAUCCACCUG